AUGGAAGAGAACACUAGCCGACACAUCCACAUCGACCCUUUUGAUGUUUCACGGGGUAAUGAACUCAACGUGGUUGAAUGCACACAUGACGAUGUCUUCGUGAGUGCCGAAGAGAAUGACGCAACGCAUACUCCGCGUGUUGGCAGUACCAACAUUGCACGGGAGCCGGUGGAUGCGGCUGCAGAGGAGCAACGGCAACGGACUCGUUUUUUGUUGGGCGAAUUUUUGGGCGGCUCCCCGCGUGUGUCGAUCUCGCGGGAGGCAAGUGUCGCAUCGCCACACACAACGCCCUCGCGGCCGCCGAAGGAGUGGGGGGCGAACCGGCAGCGCGUCUAUUACAUGGUCGAGACUGUCCUGAUGCGGUCGAACAUCGCCGACGCUGUGCUGGGCCGCCGAGUGACACAAGACGCCUCGCAAAAGGAGGUGAGCAAGGCGAAGAAACAACCACCGCCUCAUAGGUUGCCACUGCAAUUAAACGUACCAUUUUCCCUCCGGUGUGAUUUUUGUCAAAAGUUCGAUUCCCUCUGCAGCAACUGUCAUCGCAAGUGGAAAGAGAUUACCCUUAAGCGGCGGCGCAUAGUGGCGUAUCAGAGUUAUUGUAAGUUGCCAGAGGAUAGGCGAUGUGCUUUGCUUUUUAUGACGGCGGCGUUCGGUGUGGGAGAGUUUGCUGCGUUGCAGCUCGACUUCGACGGCGAGCGAUGCCUCCAGUGGCGUUCGCCGUUCUUUCCAUUGCAUAGCGACAGGGCGGAACUCCACGAGGCCUUUAACACGGCGGGAGCAGUUUAUGCCCUCCACACGGCCUUUGCAUAUGACCGCACAGAUGUGGCAUGUACGCUGCUUAGCUACCCCCGCUGCUUGCUACUGAGGUCUGAAAAUCGUCUUGACCCGCUCGAGUUCUUGCCGCAACCUCUCAGCGCCGAGUGGGAGACGAUAUUGAACGCAUCGGAUGUUUUCGUGAAUCACCUUCUCACUGGGCGCGCCAAGCAGGCCCGCCGCGUGGAAGAUUGGAACACCGCCGAUGCGUUGUACGAUGAGGUGCUCCAACGCAAGCCGGAUAGCGAGCACGCUCACAGUGGUCGGGCAAAGAUGCUGUACGACCAGGGCUACUUGACAGAUUGUAUUGAGCUGUGCGAUGCCAUGAUAUCGGGCGAGACGACGGUGGAUUGGAAUGAGGUAAGCGUGGAGACCAUUCAAGUGCUGCGUGACCUAGCGGUGGAACGAUACCACGAGUACUGCCAUAAUGUGGUGGGUGAAGGGGCGCUCAAGGCGUGCGGCUGCAUUGUUCUCGAUAGGGUGCGUGUUCCGAUUCGAAAGCUACCCUUCUCGAUUGUGAUUGAUAACAUAUUGGCUUUCUGCGAGGGUAAGACAUUGUGGAACGUGUUCAAUUGCUCGCGGAUGCCGCUAUUGCGCACGGUGGCGGAGAAACUCGCUGUUCUGCUGCCCGCACACCACCUCCAACAUCUCCUUGAAGACGAACCCGGCUUUCAUGAAAUGUCAGAGAAGAUGUUUUGCAAGCUGACAGAGAACACGAGUUCCGUGGCUGCCCCACCCGUGCGGCCACUAGGAGUCUCUGUUGCUGCCAUGGCGGAUUUCAACAUGUUUCUUGUUAGUGCGCACGCUGCUGGUGCUCCGCUGAAGUCUGUGAAGGCAGAAGUAACUUCCACCCUCUCGCUUUUCAGGUUGGGGCGCCGCUUAUCAAAAGAAAGUCGCCAGGCCUCUGCUGGGGAAAGCGAAGUUGCAAUUAGCAAACAGUAUCGUAUCCACCGAGCGAGUACGGAGGAGCCGUGGCGUGUGAAGGAGACUGGGGAGUGGGAAAUUGAUAAGCAGUCAGUGGAAGCUCUCGAGAGAUAUUUGUGCCGCAGUGAGGCCUGCUGA